CAUAAGAUUUGGAGUAAUUAUUUUUAAAUUUUAUAUCAAAUCAAAAUUAGACGAAGAAAGUAUUAGGUGGCAAAAGAUGAGUGGCGAAUCACGCUAAAAUGCAAGUGAAGAAAGAGACACACAAUAGUAUUCCCCUCCUCUCUCUCUCUCUCUCUCUCUCUCUCUCUAGAAAUAUCCUUAAAGAAGUCGCCGUUGGUUUCCCAGAUCCGACAGUCACCAUUUUUUCUCAUUCAUUAAACCCUCUCUACUUUACCCCCCAAUCUCAUCCUCACCCAUAAUGUGCUACUCUCUAGGGUUUUAAUCCUCUACUCUUCACUCCACACUGUUACAAUGCACCUUCAUUCUUCUUCCUUCCACACCUCUUCACCUCAACCCUAGUAAGUAAGUAACCAAAGCACAGUUGAAACAAAAGUUUUAACUUUGAAAUUCAUGGUUGUACCUUUUUUUGUGCUGAAGUAAUUGGUUCAAUGUCGGGAGGACCAAGGGUUAAAUUGAUGAAUAAUGCUGAUUCCGAAGUCCGAUCAGUACUCGGCCCGGCAGGUAACAAGUCUAGAUCCGUUGAAUUAAGAAAGCCCGUUGAAAAGCCCGUUAAGAACAACAAGCCCGAAACUGAAGAGUCUAAGGGCAAGAAAUUUGAAGGAGCUGAUGUUUUACAUGAAUCACGGUCACCCGUGGCUGUUUCGAAGAAAUGUGGAGCUGUCACCUCGAUUUUGAAGCAGCAACAGGACCACAGGACGUUGCUGAUGAGGCCGAAUCUGUCGCUGAAUGCUUCCUGUUCUUCGGAUGCUUCCACGGAUUCUUCUCAGAGUAGAGCAUCCACGGGGAAGUUGAGUAGGGGUAGCGUGACGCCGAGGGGUGGAAGAAGGAAGCAAUGUAGCCCGAAAGUGGUUAAGUCUGAGAAAGUUGGGAAAGUUGUUGGUGAAGUUGAGAGCUUGUCUCCUGUUUCUAAUCCGGGUGAUGGUUUGGUGAUAAAGAAAAAGUGUGCUUGGGUGACCCCGAAUACUGAUCCAUCGUAUGCUGCUUUUCAUGACGAGGAAUGGGGAGUUCCAGUCCAUGAUGACAAGAAGCUCUUUGAACUUCUCAGUCUAUGCACUGCAUUAGCUGAACUCUCAUGGCCAGCAAUUCUCAGUAAAAGACAUAUGUUUAGAGAAGUCUUUCAAAAUUUUGACCCGGUUGCAGUCUCAAAACUAAAUGAGAAGAAGAUAGCACCACCAGGAAGUCCUGCCAGCACUCUUUUGUCAGAGGUAAAGCUGCGGGCGGUUAUUGAAAAUGCACGCCAAACCUGUAAGCUCAUUGAUGAACUUGGAUCUUUCGACAAAUACAUCUGGGGUUUUGUGAACAACAGACCUAUAGUUAGUCAGUUCCGAUAUGCAAGGCAGGUGCCACUGAAGACAUCAAAAGCUGAAGGGAUAAGUAAAGACCUAGUUAAAAGAGGAUUCAGAGGAGUUGGACCUACCGUGGUGUACUCGUUCAUGCAAGUAGCUGGAAUCACAAACGAUCAUCUCAUUAGCUGCUUCAGAUUUCAUGAUUGUGUCGCGGCAAGUGAUGGAACGGAUAAAUAUGAUGGCCUUGCAACCAAGAGUGAAGUGAAGAACCAAGUCAAGGAUGAAACUGAGAUGGGGCUUAUAAGUGCUAUUGAUGACUUCAAUUUAUCAACGUAGUGGAAAUGUGUUCAAAGCAGUAGUAGUGCAAUGUAAUUUAUUAUACUCCUAGUAGAUUUGGUGGCUUUGCGCCCUUGGUUGCGAUACAGUUGACAGGGUGGCAAGUGCUUGUGUACAAAUGACCUUGCUUAUUAUUUUUACCAUUGCUGUGUA